AUGCGGGCGUACUAUAGGGCGAAAGGGGAAGAAACUGCGGGGAUAGCGUAUCGGGCUCGGAUGCAUUGCUUUUUUGCUGAGCUGGAGCCGUCUAUUCCCGUCACGGAACAAAACCUGGCAGACCGAGUUCGGUACAUCAUGCGCUCGAAAAUAUUCGAUGAUGCCGAGCUCGAACGACUACGACGUGAGGCCAUUCCCUCAUCGAAUGAAUUGGCUACGGCUGGGGAUGAGGCUCCUCAGGCGACAGACCAGCUGCCACGCGUAGAAGCCGCCAUGGAUCUUCCAGUUGUGGGUGAUUCAGACGAUGAUGAAAUGGUCUCCCACGAACUAGAGCAAAUGAGGAGUAUAUUGGAAGAGGCGAUUUUAGAAACGCGCAGCAUGCCUCUCGAAAAUCGACCGCGACUUCCCCGCAUAUCCCCUAAGCAAGCGAAAUCGGGCUGUCGUGAGGGCUCUUAA